CCAAACCUCCCUAUAUUGUGAGGUUUUCUAUUCUGUCCUGUGGGAACAGGAUGCCUUUGGAUGGUUCUUUUCCCACCCUCAGGCAGUGUCCUCACAGGCAGGCUGCAUGACUCUAGGAGGGCCCUCAGCAGCUCCCCAGAGCUCACUGUCUGUGCAGUUCCUUCCUCCCUGGUCCUUGGUCCUGCUGUAGCUGCCCUGACCUUCCUGGCCCCCCAGCUGCUUGCCUUCAGCAUGGGGAGAUUGCUGGGCUCUACCUGGGUGCCUUCUCCCUGCAUUACAGCCUGGUAACUCCAGCCAUGAAGCUGGGGCAGGUUGUAGGGCUUGCCUCAUUUGUGUGGAUCUCUCAGGAGUCACUGUCUCGUUGCCUGUUGGCAGAAAGAUGAAUCAGUCCCUGUUAUUCCAUCUGGGCUGCAAAGCCCUAGAGUUUUUGCUCAGUUCUGUGGGAUGGAAGAGCCCAUAAAAUGAAACGCCAGUAAUCUAUUACAUAAGCGAUUUCUCUUGUGUUUGCACAUGGGGGCCCAAAACACUGCUAUGUCCAAUUCGACAGACCCCCUUGUGCCUAAAAACAAGAUUCAUCUUCAUUAAAGGAUUACUAAUUUGUUGAGGGUUUGGGGCUCUGGACUGAUUCUUCUUCAGUAUUAAAACUAUUAAUUUCAUGAACUCGCCAUCACUUUCUGUCAAUAAAAUAGGUAGUGUGAGGGCGCCUGGCUGGCUUACGCAGUGGAGUGCACAACUCUUGAUCUCGAGGUUGUGAGUUCGAGCCCCACGGUAGGUGUAGAGAUUACUUAAAAAUAAUAUCUUUUAAAAAAUAAAAUAGCAUGUACUGUUUAUACAUGCUUUAUAGAUACAUUUUUUAAACGUUUAUUUACUUGUUUUGACAGAGGGAGAGCACGUGAGCAGGGGAGGGGCAGAGAGAAAGGAAGAGAGAGAAUCCCAAGCAGGAUAUGCACUCAGCACAGAGCUGGAUGCAGGGCUCAAUCUCACGAACCUUGAGAUCAUAGCCUGGGCUGAAAUCGAGUCAGACGCUUAACCGACUGAGCCACCCGGGUGUCCCGAGAGCUAAUUAUCUAAUUUCAUGGUUAACAAAUUCUGUGAAGUAAUAAUACAGUUCUUUUACCAUCUCCAUUUUGCACAGAUAUUAAAGCACAGAGAGCUAAAGUAGCUUGACCAACAUUAUUCACGCGACUAGUAAGGGGUUCACAUGUAGGGUCUGGCUCCAAAGACUAUACAUCUAGUCAACACACAAAACUGCUUCAAAAUAAGGUUGGUCCGUGUUUCCAGUGAGAAGGCAACUGAUGCAGGCUCCUCAGCUUUCAGAGCAAGCUUGGCCAUCUUGCUUUCGCUUCUCGUGUUUUCUUUUUAAACAGUUGUAGUUACGUACGUAUGCACGCGUGUGUGGUCAUAACACGCACAUGAUUCAGUUUCACAAGAUCUAAGGAUAUUUGGUGAAAAUAAACCACCUGCCUUUCUCCUCUCGAGCCCCCAAGUGCCCCAGACCAUACUUCAAUUUUUUUUAAUGUUUAUUCGUUUUUGAGAGAACACACAUUUCAUUUUUAUUAAUAUUUAUUAAUAUUUAAAAAGAGCGCCCCUCUUUAAUUUUUAAUGUGUCUUUGCAGAGAUAAUUUGUCACAUAUACACACUGAGAAAUCAAUGGCAGCGUAUUACCCCCUUUCUUCUGCACCUUGCUUUUCUCAUUUAAAAAGAUAUGUGCAAGCCAUUUCAUAACAGUAGGUAGAAAUGUCUUAAUAACAGUUGGAUAGGUGUGGGUGUGCCUGAAUCUUACGUACCUGCUCCUCUUGUCAAGGACCUGGAAGUUGUUUCCAAACUUGUACUAUUAUAAACACAGCUGCAAAAAAUAUAUAUAUCCUCAUAUUUUAUCCUUACAUGUAUAUGUAUCACACAUAUAUCAUAUAUGGGUAUGUGAUUUCCCGUAGGUGCAAAUGUAUCCGCAGGAUAAAUCGCUAAAAGCGGAAUUGUUUUAAAUUUUUUUUUGACGUUUAUUAAUUUUUGAGACAGAGAGAGACAGAGUAUGAAUGGGGGAGGGUCAGAGAGAGGGAGACCCAGAAUCCGAAACAGGCUCCAGGCUCUGAGCUGCCAGCACAGAGCCCGACGCGGGACUCGAACUCACAGACCGUGAGAUCAUGACCUGAGCCUAAGUCGGCUGCUCAACCGACUGAGCCACCCAGGCGCCCCUUAAAGCAGCAUUGUUAUAUCAAAGGAUUUGUGCUUUUGACAUGUGGGAAGCCAUGACUAACUUCCUCGUGGGAGAGGUUGUACUGAUUUACACGCUCACGGCAGCGUGUGAGGGUGCGUGUUUCCGUACACUCUCCCCAACACAGUUCAUGAAAAUUUUCUCACGCUUGUGUUUUUAAAAUAAUGGUUGUGAACACCACUAUCAAAGCGUCGCUUUGCAGGGGGGGGGGGGGAGACUGGUCACUGCUUAUGUUGGCUAGUAAAUUGAGAAACAUUUAAGCAAAUGGAACUUCACUUUUAUUCAUGAUCAUCCACUCCCUCCAGUCUACAGACUUCAUCUGUGCCUGGUUCUGGGUACUAGAGGGAGAAAGAUGUGUGACUUGGCCCCCGUCCUUAAGCAGCUCGUGGUGUAGAGGAAGACAUGGGAGAGUGAGUAGCCCGUAUGGCGUGCGCUGUGCUCGGCAGUUGGAGAGAACAGGCUAAUGGGGCAACGAAGAGCGUUGCUGGAUGUGUCAGGAGGUGUUGCCAGGGUGUAUUGAUCGUGUUAACCUUGAUGGUGAAAGUCAUCCCGGAAACAAGCAGGCGGAGAGGAGGAAGCUGGGCUCCCGCGGGGGUGGGGGGGUGGGUGCAGCACCGGGAGGGUCCUGCGAGAUGGGAGGCUCAUCUGGCUGUUGCCAUCAGCACCUCCCUGCAGAACUGCCGGCCGCAUGCAGGGAAUCGGCCGCCUGUGAUUGGAGGGCCGUUGCUGGUUGGGAUAAUGAACUCGGUAGUGUCGGCAGAGGUGAUUGGCCGCGCCCUGCUGCAGUGAGAUUGCAGACGCAGACGGGGUGCUCGGGUCCGGGUCCUGGCUCGUGUGAUGGUCAUUAGUUGAGCGAGGACUGCUGAAUAAUUGGGACCUCCGAGUUGCUUCUGCCUCCAGGAGAGAUCUGUUGGGCUAUGGCUUUUCGCUUUUUGAAAAAAGCCAAACAUUCGAUCACCAUCCAUCUGCAAGAGUGAGUUUUUAUUGAAGUAUCACCGUCUGCUUGCUCUCUCUCAACGCCAGCAGCUCGGCGGCAGGGCUCUUCCUAGAGGGAGCCCCUUCUCAGGCCAGGCAGGACAGCAGUGCUAGGAAAUUUGAAAAAGCAGGAAACAGCCACUGCAUGCCGAGCUUUCAGCCUCACAGCCCCCCCAGGCUAGUCUUACGAGCAGCCGCGUAGCCAGAGAUCUUUGGUAUUGUGGUCACAUCCCUCCUCACAAGUGGAACAGUCAACCGCCGGCGACACUGGGAGGAAGCCGUGAUGUUGCAGAUGCUGUGGCCUUUUCUGUCCAGCUUUCUCCCUAGGGCUGGGUGCCAAGGCUCCAGAGAGGGGAACGAUAAUGAAGUCAGAGGCACCCCGGCUCCAGCUCGGGGAGACCAGAUGUCAAGCUUUUUGGGGAAACAGGACGGAAGGGCUGAGGCCACGGAAAAGAGACCCACCAUUUUGCUGGUGGUCGGACCUGCAGAGCAAUUUCCUAAGAAAAUCGUGCAAGCUGGAGAUAAAGACCUCGACGGGCAACUCGACUUUGAAGAAUUUGUCCAUUAUCUGCAAGAUCAUGAGAAGAAGCUGAGGCUGGUGUUCAAGAGUUUGGACAAGAAGAAUGAUGGACGAAUCGACGCUCAGGAGAUCAUGCAGUCCCUGCGGGACCUGGGAGUCAAGAUCUCCGAACAGCAGGCAGAAAAAAUUCUCAAGAGCAUGGAUAAAAACGGCACGAUGACCAUCGACUGGAACGAGUGGAGAGACUACCACCUUCUGCAUCCCGUGGAAAACAUCCCCGAGAUCAUCCUGUACUGGAAGCAUUCCACGAUCUUCGAUGUGGGUGAGAAUCUGACGGUCCCCGACGAAUUCACAGUGGAGGAGAGGCAGACGGGGAUGUGGUGGAGACACCUCGUGGCUGGAGGCGGGGCAGGGGCCGUGUCCAGAACUUGCACGGCACCCCUGGACAGACUCAAGGUGCUUAUGCAGGUUCACGCUUCCCGAAGCAACAACAUGUGCAUCGUGGGCGGGUUCACCCAGAUGAUUCGAGAAGGUGGGGCCAAAUCCCUCUGGCGGGGCAACGGCAUCAAUGUCCUCAAAAUUGCCCCUGAGUCGGCCAUCAAAUUCAUGGCCUAUGAACAGAUCAAGCGUCUUGUGGGGAGUGACCAGGAGACUCUGAGGAUUCACGAGAGACUUGUGGCAGGGUCCUUGGCUGGGGCCAUCGCGCAGAGUAGCAUCUAUCCAAUGGAGGUUCUGAAGACCCGGAUGGCCCUGCGCAAGACAGGCCAGUACUCGGGCAUGCUGGACUGUGCCAGGAAGAUCCUGGCCAGAGAAGGGAUGGCCGCCUUCUACAAAGGCUAUGUUCCCAACAUGCUGGGGAUCAUCCCCUACGCUGGGAUAGACCUAGCCGUCUACGAGACGCUCAAGAACGCCUGGCUGCAGCGCUAUGCGGUAAACAGCGCCGACCCUGGUGUAUUUGUGCUCCUGGCCUGUGGCACCAUGUCCAGCACCUGUGGUCAGCUGGCCAGCUACCCACUGGCCCUGGUCAGGACCCGGAUGCAGGCCCAAGCCUCCAUCGAGGGCGCCCCGGAGGUGACCAUGAGCAGCCUCUUCAGACAGAUCCUGCGGACCGAGGGCGCCUUUGGCCUGUACCGGGGGCUGGCCCCCAACUUCAUGAAGGUGAUCCCGGCCGUGAGCAUCAGCUACGUGGUUUACGAGAACCUGAAGAUCACCCUGGGCGUGCAGUCGCGGUGAUGGGACGGGGGUGCGACCCCGCCUCGCUCGGCAGACUCACGGAUCCUGGGCCUGCAGCCCCGGGAUGUUUAGCCAUCUCAUUCUGUGAAUGUGCCAACACUAAGCUGACUGAAGCCAAGCUGUGAAAAGCCUGGGGUGCGCCCGCAAGGGAGUAGGGGAAGGCCUGGCAGGCUCACCGGCUGUGUCCCGCUGACCCUGGCCGACUGUCACGUCCGCUCCGGCGGGGGGGGUAGCAGGACACAGGCACACGCACACAGGGACAGGACGCUUCCUGCGGUGCCUGCCGAGAUAGCAGGGCUCGGAACCGGCUUGGUUCUUCCAUCUUGCAGCCAGACCACCAGCCGCGGGCCUUGCCCCCUGGCCUGCUGGGCGCCUACCCCGCGCCCGCCUUCCUUCCUUCCUCGCUGCUGUGUUAAUAUGGUAGGAGGAGGGCUACCAGCCCACUCCCCAUGUUACUGCUUGCUCCUCUCGCCUCAGUCCGUGGGGACCUCACACCUGGCUUCCUGGCCCACAGUGUCACCUCUGGCCAGGUUGUGCCGGGAAGAGGGAGGAGUCUGGCUUUUGUGCGCACCCUCUUCUGAGCCCUGCUGUUGGCUUCUGAGCUCACCAACGGACGGGCACCUGGGUGUGCGUGUGCAUGCAGGGGGCAAGGCCACGCCCCGCCAUUGGCCGCCUGGCAUCCUGGUGCAUGGCUUCACGGAAGGCACGUGCUGGGUCCCGCAACGCAGAAAGCCUCUGCUCCGGCUGCCGGGGUGUCUUGGUGCUCUGAGCUGGCCCCAGACUCCGUCAGGACUGGCACCAACUCAGAACCAACCCCCGUCCCCUGCUCUGGAGUGAGAGCGGUGAGGCGUCAUGUAGCUGCGGGAAGGGAAGCCGCUGCCGGGGGUCCGCGCGUCCUGGGGAGAGAAGGAAAAGGUUUUUAAAGGCCUUAAUUAUAUAUCAUUGGGAAAAGGGUUUUGUUCAGAAGGGCACACUGGACAAAUGUGCAAGUUCUGUGCUUCCAGAGGGAAGACAGAGGGGGUAGAAAGCCUGGCCGACUGCAUUAAAGUCUGUUUCUGACGCCCCCUGGGGAUUCGUGUCCAAUCCCAAUCGGGGCAAAGUGGGACCAGCCUCACAUUCCACCGAUGCAGGGCGUCACAGUGCUUGGAGCCUAUUUAUUUCAUAUUUAUUUGAACAGAGUUCUGUCCUAACUAUUUUUAUAGACUUGUUUAAUUAAUAGCCUGUCAUUUUCAAGUUCAUUUUGUAUUCAUAUUUAUGUUCAUGGUUGGUUGUACCUUCCCAGCACCCUCCAGGUGGGGUGGGGAGAGGAAGGAGGGGCCGUGGGAGUGACCUUUCCCGCCGCUGGCCGCACUGUCGUCAAGUCUGUCCAAAGAAAUGCCUCGGAACUGGCGACAGAAGAAAGGUCAGGGCGGGAGGGCCCUGGUCAUGGGGAGGUGGCUCCUGGCAGGUUGGAGCAGGGCUUGCACCCAGGAAGAGCCUUAGGAUCUGAGGGUCUGACCGGGGGCAGGAAGAGUGGCAGAAAUCUCCACUCCGUUGAGCGUGGAAGUCCAGAUCAUUUCUUGGGCUGGGAGGAUCUCUUGUUUCAGCCUUUAGACUGACUAGGCGCUGAGGGGCCUAUCACUGUGAGUUUGGGGUGGGGGCUCCAGGAGAGGGCGGCCAGCUCCCCGCCCCCGCCUGUGAAGUGGGCUCCCUCCCCCCCAGGCCCCCCCUCCCCCCCACCACUCCUGCUCAGCAGUGCUGGUCAACUUGGCGACUUCACGGUCGCGCUUCUGUUCCACCAGAAUGGCCUGGUGAGGACAAUUCAAAUAGGAUGCAAAGAUCAAUGCAAAAAUUACUGUUUUAUCUAAAUCUAGGGAUAACUGGAAUUUGUGAAAAAGCAUAUUAAGACAGAAUUGGAAGUUGUCCUUUAAAACAGCCUUCUAAUAAAGUUGUUUCAAAGCUGA